AUGGUAGUCUCUGCAGACGGUGAAUCUUCGACUUCACACUUUGUUCCGAUCUCCUCCUCUCCUAGCUCCGCUCGAGACCGUAUCCAACCUGACAGUUCUCUCCCGAGGCAAACCUCCACUGCCCGGCUGGCAUCGCCAAUUCCUGGAGCUGGAACAACUCAGUUACGACAAUUAACCCAACAUACACCCAGAAUUGACUCUCAAGAUGACCUUCAUCUAUCAAGUCAGAUGUAUUAUCCUUCACUACCUGGCCCAGGUGUUUCAGCCCUUGCUGCUGCCUUGAACAAUACCUAUGAAAGACAACCAUCGCAACAUGGAACUCCACCACUUCGUCCAAGCUCCCCUUUUCAGUCAGAAAACCAUUUGCAAAGUUCAGCCGUACAAAGUAAUUAUGGAUCAUUUGAUAGGAUACGGUCAAUCCAGGGCGCUCCCGGAUGGAAUGGCCCGGCCACAUACGAGGAUCCUGAGAUUGUAAAAAGGCAUUUAGUUCAACCUACCGAGACAUCUCAAGCUGAAAUAAUUACUGAAUCCACAGUUGCAAGUGGUGAUUCCUCAGUAGGAAUAUCCAAACAACAUAAUGAUGCUGCAUCAGCUCCUUUACUUGAUGAAUUUUCUAGCCUACGUCUCCAAGGUGGCGACAUAACGCGACCGAUAUACAAAUGGACAGAAGAGGCUGAGGCGCGGGCUCAUGGCCUUGGACGACAAGGUCGUAGUAGAAGCUUUCAUCUGUCCCGACCGCAGCCUGAAAAUGAAAUUCUCGACAUUGGUUCGAUAAAAGUACCUGGUGGUUUUCGUCGUAAUUUUCUCCGACGUAUUGCAAUGAAUCCAUCUUGUAUUAAUGAGCCUGAGCGAGGUACCAAGCAAGCUCAGCUCUUUACCAAUAGUUUUAUCGAAUUUCUCACCAUAUACGGUCAUUUUGCUGGAGAAACGCUGGAAGAAGAUGAUGAGGCUCUUGGCUCAAACGAUUCAGUCGUAUCAGGAGCAUAUUACAACGAAGGCCCUAACAAUGGUAGAGAGUCUACAGAAAACACAGGACUAUUAUCAUCAGGUCGAAAAAAGCGCAAGGACCGCAAACCUCCAGGCACUAAUGGUAUUUCAGGAGCCGUGCUGCUUCUCCUCAAAUCGUUCGUCGGUACCGGUGUGCUAUUUUUACCUAAAGCUUACCUAAAUGGAGGCAUGGUUUUCAGUAACAUUAUUCUACUGUUGGUCGCAAUACUAAGUUAUUAUUGCUUUGUACUACUUAUUGAAACACGAUUAAAAGUUGAAGGAUCAUUUGGUGAUAUGGGCGGAAUUCUCUAUGGAAACUGGUUCCGGAAUAUGAUUCUAAUCUCUAUCGUGUUCAGUCAAAUUGGGUUCGUCGCAGCCUAUAUUAUAUUUACUUCGGAGAACCUGCAAGCUUUUAUUCUCGCAGUUUCUCACUGCCAGACUUAUAUCAGCAUACCAUGGCUCAUCUUAAUGCAAGUAGCAGUAUUUUUACCAUUCUCGCUGCUUCGGGACAUUAGUAAGCUAGGAUUUACCGCCCUUAUCGCAGAUGCGUUCAUCUUGUUCGGUCUAUUGGUCCUAUAUCACUAUGAUAUUGAUACUAUCAUACAUCAAGGUGGGAUUUCUGAUAUCGUUAACUUUAAUUCGCAAAGUUGGUCUUUAUUCAUUGGAACCGCCAUAUUUACCUUUGAGGGAAUUGGUCUGAUUAUUCCCAUUCAAGAAUCCAUGAAAAGUCCAAAAAAAUUUCCUGCUGUUCUCGGAGGAGUAAUGAUAAUUAUUAUCCUAAUUUUUCUAUCCAUGGGAGCGAUUUCAUACGCUGCAUACGGCUCCAAAACUGAAACCGUUAUUAUCUUAAAUCUUCCGCAGGACAGUAAACUUGUUAAUGGGGUUCAGUUCCUCUAUUCAAUUGCCAUACUUCUUUCAACCCCUCUCCAAAUCUUUCCAGCUAUUCGCAUAACUGAGAAUGAGAUAUUCACACGGAGUGGGAAGUAUAAUCCUUAUAUCAAGUGGAAAAAGAACAGCUUACGUUUUUUUGUGGUAAUGCUCUGUGCCGCAGUUGCUUGGGUUGGUGCCGAUGAUUUGGAUAAAUUCGUUUCACUAGUGGGUAGUUUUGCAUGCAUCCCACUGGUAUACAUUUAUCCUCCAAUGCUUCAUAUAAGAGGUGCAGCAAAAAAUAAUGUUAGUAUAUUGGGUGAUAUCCUCUUAUGCAUAUUUGGCGGGAUUGUGAUGAUAUACACAACAGUCCUCACAAUCAGCAGUUGGGCUAACACAAGUCUGCCUUUACCGAAAACUAAUUUUUGUAAUAAUGUAUGA